AUGUUGAACAUGAAUGAUAUCAUCAUUGGAGAUCCGGAAGAUCCUUCAACUCAGUUCGAAGGAGUUGGAGAUGGCCCGCCUACCCCCCCCCUCCCCAAUGAAGAUGACCAACACUCUUCUGAUCACAUGGAAGAAACUGUUCAAACAGAAAUCUUUGAGUCUUCUUCUACCCGGGAUGUCAACAUGACCGAUCAACCAACUACCGAUAACAACCUCGAUCGAGUUUGCGCUCACUUCCAGUCACAGCUAAACCUUGGACCCGAGUAUUUGAAGAUCGCUUCCAUUGCAAGCAAGUGCCCCCCAGAAGACAGGUACAUAGGUAAUCUCUUUGCAAACGGUGCAUAUCAUCAGCUCAAUGUCAGGAACAUAAAUCGUUCCCAAGUGACCCAUGCAACCAACUAUCGCAUGUUCUUACUCAAGCCAACACUUGAAGCGUAUUCAAACAACCCUCACAACAAUGGGAGCCUUCCCAAAACAUUGUUCUACCUUACCCUCGAUGCUGUUGACAAACAGCCUGACCAAUGGAAAAAGGAUCACCUCUGCCCUGCUCAACUAAAGAAAGACCCGGACACUCUUCGUCUGUAUCGUGAUGCUGUUGGAGAGCUUUUGAAGUAUCAACGCAGCAAUUUGCAUACUCUGCUUUUGCAUAACAUCCUCAUGACCAAGAAGAUACUUGUGGAUGGUGCAGUGCCAGCUUGCAAAGUCAUGAUAGCUGCUAUCUAUAAAGAACUUCCUCCGAAAGGAAGCAAAAUGAAUGAAAAAGAAAUCAAACAUCAAGUUGCAACAAACUCUGCCAUGCGAGCACGAAUGUGCUACGCACGACUUGUAAUGGUCCACUACUACGCUCAUAAAUCCAGUAAGGAUUCGCAGUGGGCUGAAAUUGACGAGCGAUUAGCCAUCCUCCGAGGCUCCUCAUAUGAUUUCCAACUCCACCACGCAGUCCUAGUCUUGAACAAGGACUUUUCCCUCUUCUCUCAGGGGAAGGAGUACGCCAAUAUGUCCAAGGAGGACUUCCAACCUCCAAGACGUCCAAAGGUCGAUCGACUCUGGAAUUGUGCCUGUUACACUUAA